UCUAGCUGUCGGGAACGGAGUUUUUACUACACAUCACACGUUCUGUAUUCUCUCUGAUUCACAAGGAUGGACAAGGACAGGAGUCACAGGACUGAGAGUAUAAUAAAUAUCACCCUGGAGAUCAUCUACCUGCUGACUGGGGAGGAUUACACAAUAGUGAAGAAGACAUCCAAUGAGUAUGAGACACCCAGCAGCCAUCUCCGUGUAUCAGGAAGACUAAGUAGAACCCAGAGCCCCAUCACGGUGCCUCCACCUCACUCACUGACACAUGAGAGACACAAUGAUCAGAAGAUCCUGGAACUCACCAACAAGAUCAUUCAGUUGCUGACUGGAGAGGAGGGGGAGUAUAUAGAGGAACACGGGGGUCUGUACGAGGACGUGAUGAUGGAUAAUCACCGGCCCCUCACAUCACUUGAUGGACCCAGUAACAGAGAUACCCCAGAGAGAUGUCCCCGUCCUCUGUAUUCCCAGGAUUGCACAGAGGAGAAUCACAGGAUUCCACAGGAGGAUCAGGUAGAACGUCUGUCUAAUACUAAAAUACCAGAUAUAGAGGGAGAAGAAGAGACGUAUGUGACUGAUAUAAAGGCAGAAGAUAUAGAGGGAGAAGAAGAGACGUAUGUGACUGAUAUAAAGGCAGAAGAUAUAGAAGGAGAAGAAGAGACGUAUGUGACUGAUAUAGAGGCAGAAGAUAUAGAGGGAGAAGAAGAGACGUAUGUGACUGAUAUGAAGGCAGAAGAUAUAGAGGGAGAAGAAGAGACGUAUGUGACUGAUAUAAAGGCAGAAGAUAUAGAGGGAGAAGAAGAGACGUAUGUGACUGAUAUGAAGGCAGAAGAUAUACAGGGAGAAGAAGAGACGUAUGUGACUGAUAUAAAGGCAGAAGAUAUAGAGGGAGAAGAAGAGACGUAUGUGACUGAUAUAAAGGCAGAAGAUAUAGAGGUAGAAGAAGAGACGGAUGUGAGAGAUAUGAAGGCAGAAGAUAUAGAGGGAGAAGAAGAGACGUGUGUGACUGAUAUAAAGGCAGAAGAUAUAGAGGGAGAAGAAGAGACGUAUGUGACUGAUAUAAAGGCAGAAGAUACAAAGGGAGAAGAAGAGACGUAUGUGACUGAUAUAAAGGCAGAAGAUACAGAGGGAGAAGAAGAGACGUAUGUGAGGGGUGAUCAGCAGUGUAAGGAGGAGGAGAUCCCUACAGAUAUCAGCACAGCAGAUGGACACACAAGCAGGAAUAUCUCAGAAGGACAUCUAUUGUUAUCCCCGGAUUGUGACAUAAAAGAUGACAGUAGACAGGAUUCUCCAGCAUUUAACCCCAUUACCCCAAUUAUAUAUCCAGCUCUAUCAACUGAUCCCCCUGAUCCUGGGAAAUGUUCUCCUGAUCACUCUGAUAUUGGUGCAUCUGUUACAGCUUUGAGAGUAGAUACAGUGUUUCCCUGGUCUAUAGAUACCAAAUGUUUUACACAGAACACAAACCUUAUUACUCAUCAGCCAGCUAAGGCAGGUGAGAGGCCAUUUCCAUAUUCUGAGUGUGAGAAAUGUUUUACAUAUAAAUCAAAUCUUGUUACACAUAUGAGAAGUCACACAGGUGAGAAGCCGCAUUCCUGUUCUGAGUGUGGGAAAUGUUUUACACAGAAAUCAUCUCUUGUUACACAUCAGAGAAGUCACACAGGUGAGAGGCCGUAUUCCUGUUCUGAGUGUGGGAAAUGUUUUGCAUCGAAAUCAAAUCUUAUUAAACAUCAGAGAAGUCACACAGGUGAGAAACCGUAUUCCUGUUCUGAGUGUAGGAAAUGUUUUGCACAGAAAUCAGCUCUUGUUACACAUCAGAAAAGUCACACAGGUGAGAAGCCGUAUUCCUGUUCUGAGUGUGGAAAAUGUUUUGCAUCGAAAUCAUAUCUUGUUACACAUCAGAGUAGUCACACAGAUGAGAAGCCAUAUUCCUGUUCUGAGUGUGGGAAAUGUUUCACAAAGAAAUCAGCCCUUGUUACACAUCAGAGAAGUCACACAGGUGAGAGGCCAUAUUCCUGUUCUGAGUGUGGGAAAUGUUUUACACAGAAAUCAGAUCUUGUUACACAUAAGAGAAGUCACACAGGUGAGAAGCCGUAUUCCUGCUCUGAGUGUGGGAAAUGUUUUGCAUCGAAAUCAAAUCUUAUUAAACAUCAGAGAAGUCACACAGGUGAGAAACCGUAUUCCUGUUCUGAGUGUAGGAAAUGUUUUUUAUCUAAAUCAUAUCUUGUUAAACAUCAGAGAAGUCACACAGGUGAGAAACCGUAUUCCUGUUCUGAGUGUAGGAAAUGUUUUGCACGGAAAUCAGGUCUUGUUAUACAUCAGAGAAGUCACACAGGUGAGAAGCCGUAUUCCUGUUCUGAGUGUGGGAAAUGUUUUUUAUCUAAAUCAAAUCUUGUUAAACAUCAGAGAAGUCACACAGGUGAGAAGCCAUAUUCCUGUUCUGAGUGUGGGAAAUGUUUUACACAGAAAUCAUCUCUUGUUACACAUCAGAGAAGUCACACAGGUGAGAGGCCGUAUUCCUGUUCUGAGUGUGGGAAAUGUUUUAGACAGAAAUCAGAUCUUGUUACACAUCAGAGGAGUCACACAGGUGAGAAGCCAUUUCCAUGUUCUGAGUGUGGGAAAUGUUUUACAUACAAAUCACUUCUUGUAAGACAUGAGAGAAGUCACACAGGUGAGAAGCCAUUUCCAUGUUCUGAGUGUGGAAAAUCUUUUAUACAAAAAUCAGCUCUUGUUAUACAUGAGAGAAGUCACACAGGUGAGAAACCAUUUCCAUGUUCCGAGUGUGGGAAAUGUUUUACACUGAAAUCACAUCUUCUUAGACAUGUGAAAAUCCAUACAGGUGAUAGGCCAUUUCCAUGUUCUGAGUGUGGGAAAUGUUUUAUAGAUAAGUCACAUCUUGUUAGACAUGAGAGAAGUCAUAUAGGUGAGAAACAAUUUCCAUGUUCUGAGUGUGGGAAAUGUUUUCUAGAGAAAUCCCAUCUUGUUACACAUGAGAGAAAACACACCGGUGAGAAACCAUUUCAAUGUUCUGAGUGUGGGAAAUGUUUUGGACAGAAAUCAUAUCUUGUUACACAUCACAGAAGUCACACAGGUGAGAAGCCAUUUCCAUGUUCUGAGUGUGGGAAAUGUUUUAUACAUAAGUCACAACUUGUUACACAUGAGAGAAAACACACCGGUGAGAAACCAUUUCAAUGUUCUGAGUGUGGGAAAUGUUUUGGACAGAAAUCAUAUCUUGUUACACAUCACAGAAGUCACACAGGUGAGAAGCCAUUUCCAUGUUCUGAGUGUGGGAAAUGUUUUAUACAUAAGUCACAACUUGUUAGACAUGAGAUAAGUCAUACAGGUGAAGAACCAUUUCCAUGUUCUGAGUGUGGGAAAUGUUUUAUAGUUAAGUCACAACUUAUUAGACAUGAGAGACAUCACACAGGUGAGAAGCCAUUUCCAUGUUCUGAGUGUGGGAAAUGUUUUGUACAGAAAUCAGAACUUGUUACACAUGGGAGAAUACACACAGGUGAGAAACCAUUUCCAUGUUCUGAGUGUGGGAAAUGUUUUAUACAAAAAUCAAAUCUUGUUCGACAUGAGAGAAGUCACACCUACAAAGGGCAAGGCGUUACCAACCAACAUGGGGGAAGCUUUCUCUCUGACCUCUCAUUACACUACGUAUCCUGAUCCCGGCUCUAUGUGACCUCUCACAUCUAUCACUUGUGUCACAUUACAUCUGAUACCUGUAGUUUUAUGUUUCUGUUGUUUCCCUGUUACCUGUUCUGUAAGAUCACCUGCUCUCAUUGUGUGGAUGGGGGAGGGGGGGGGUCACUUUCUAGCAUGAGUGGUAGUUUCUGGAACUGGAUUGCCCAGAGGAGUGUGGGAGUACCAUCCUGGAGGUGACGGGGGUGAGCGCUUAUUACCUAAUAAUAGGGAUACGAUCUGACUGUCAUGUCCCUGCUACACCUCCGCUCUGCCUAAUAAUGAGUGCCACUUUAUAUACGGGCAACUGUGCCAGUGUCACCCCACGUCUGUAUCUCACAAGCUGUCACAUAAGCCCCUAUAUCUGUUGUAGAUGCAAUAAUCAGCCUUGGGCACAAUUAUAUAUAUAAGUGAAUUUGUGGCAGUACUCCCACGACAUGAGUUAAAGUCCGGUACCCGUGCAGCGACGAAGCAAUGGGCGGCACUCAGGUCACAGAAAAUACAAACAGACAUACCUUAUAUCCCCCCUCAUGUGCAAUGAAUUUCGGCGUGGUUGCAGCGUUCUGACGCCCAUAGAUGACGUCAUCAUGCCGCCCCGCCUACCGGAGAUUUCAUAAUAGAUACAAACUGAAACAUAGAAACAAGAAUUGUUAUACACAAAACAAUUUAAACAAACCAGGAACAAGUACAGAUGCCAUGUAAUAAAUACAGAUCAUAUAUGUAGAUACACACUUCUAGGUGAUUAUGAAUAUAAAGGUUGCUGACCAGAUCUAUACAUCAUUAUAAAAAGCAAUGAAGACCAAGAGACUUGUUAAGACAUCAGAUCUGACUAGCCAGUCACGUAAAUUACAACCUCUCGUGUAUGUGGGCAUGAUGGUUGUUCCCAUAAGAUUCAGAUCCUUGUCAGUCUCUACCAUGGGCCACAGGGAUUUGGUAGUUUUGGCAAUUGCCCUCCUGUUAACAUUAUAGUGAUUAACCCAUGGAAACCGGGUGCUGACAAUUUUUUUCUCUUUUUUGGCCAAUAAAGUAUCCCGAUUCAUA